CUUGGACUAUAUAUAACCGACUUUCUUGUCUGAAUGAAUAAAAUUAAUUCAUGGGCUGCCAUUUGUUUGUUCAUAAGAGAGAGGAGAGACACUGAGAUCUCUCCUGCUGAAGGUUCUUUCUUUCUUCUUUUUUUGUCUCCAAGUGUUGUGGUGUCUACAAUAUUGGGUUUCCUGAAACCCCAGUAGUACCCAGUAGUUCAAUCAACGUUGUUGUAAGAUACCAAGAAUUUGGGGCGGAUUUUUGUGUUGAAAGGGAGAGCUAAUCUUGGCUUCUCGAAGAUUUGAGUGGGUUUUGAGGAAGAAAGACGGGACAUUUUUACGUGGGUAGAUGUUGUAGUUUGAAAUACUGGUUCAGGACUUUUGCGAGAGUGAGAGGCAGUUGAGCGGUUAUUGCUAUCAACGAGGACUCAUUUCUGCAUUUUUGUGAGUUCUGAGUUCUUUCAAGAGGGGUUGGUGUUUUUUGUGAUUGCAAAUCCACUUUCACAACAUUGAGGGAACGCCAUCUCCGUUGGGAGUUUCUUUGCGGUUCUUCAAGUGCGGAAGAGUAAUUUUUUUUCUUGUAAUAAAAGAAGUUUGAGGUUAUUGCUUUACCAUUUGACAUUGUUGUAGUAGUCAGUUGGUACUAUUCAGUUCGCCUGCAAAAGGGGUCUUGGAUCUUUCAUUUUCUUCAUUGGGGAUGGACUGCAGUUUCUUGGACCUAUUCUUUCCCUCAUUUUGGUAAAUUUGGUUAUGAGGAUAUAAGUUGAGGGUACCCAUCUUUUGUAUCUACCUCUUGUGUACUAGUCUGGAUGUAGCUUGUAGAGUUUAGUAUGCUUGGUGUUCAUAUUCUGUAGAAGCAGUUUAAUGUAAUAGUUGUGAUCUGUGAUUCUGUUAUAUGGGUUCCGUUGUAUGAUUAAGAAAACAAGGCUCCUCUGUCAGUGCUUGUAUGAAGAUAUUUGCUGCUCUAAGAGCGUGAUUGUGGGGCGGAUCGUGGAUUGAUAAGUUAUAUAAUUAGGGUCUUGGAUUGCUUAGAAUGGCAGAAGAUUCGAAAGAAAUGCGAUCGUUGGCCUUAACUCCAACGUGGUCUGUUGCUACAGUAUUAACAAUCUUCGUAGCUGUUUCUUUGAUUGUGGAGCGCUUAAUUCACCGCCUGAGUAAUUGGUUGCAGAGAACAAAUAGAAAACCUCUGCUUGCAGCUGUGGAGAAGAUGAAAGAAGAGUUGAUGCUUCUAGGAUUCAUAUCACUCCUUCUAACAGCUACCUCAAGCACAAUAGCAAAUAUUUGUAUUUCAUCAAAGUUAUACGACGGCAAAUUUGCUCCAUGCACCAGAUCUGAGAUUGACGAAGAAACAGGAAAAAAUGUUUCUGAGGGCCGUAAACUGCUAAUGCUUUCUGCUCUUCCAAACUCACUUCGAAGAACGUUGAAUAGCAUGGAUGAAAAUACCUGCAAAGAGGGGCACGAGCCAUUUGUUUCAUAUGAAGGUCUCGAGCAGUUGCACCGCUUCAUUUUUGUCAUGGCGAUCACACAUGUAUCUUACAGUUGCUUAACAAUGUUGCUUGCAAUUGUGAAGAUCCACAGUUGGAGACAAUGGGAGGAUGAGGCUCAUAUGGACUAUCAUGACUCAUUAACAGAAAUUGCACGAGUGAAGACGAUGCGGAGACAAACAACCUUUGUCAGACAUCACACAUCAAAUCCUUUGACCAGGAAUAGCUUUCUUAUUUGGGUGACAUGCUUCUUCCGCCAAUUUGGUAGCUCAGUUGUUCGCACCGAUUACCUUACACUCCGCAAGGGCUUCAUCAUGAAUCACCACCUCCCUUCGAAAUAUGAUUUUCACAGCUACAUGAUUCGCUCUAUGGAAGAAGAAUUUCGAAGGAUUGUUGGUGUGAGUGCUCCACUAUGGGGAUUUGUUGUUGCUUUCAUGUUGUUUAAUAUUAAAGGGUCUAAUCUCUAUUUCUGGAUAGCGAUCAUCCCUAUCACUCUUGUUCUUCUGGUGGGAGCAAAGCUACAGCAUAUCAUUGCAACCUUGGCACUGGAGAAUGCUGGCAUAACUGGAUAUUUUGCAGGUACAAAGCUGAGGCCUCGAGACGAGCUUUUCUGGUUCAAGAAGCCAGAACUGUUGUUGUCUUUGAUUCACUUUGUUCUGUUCCAGAACGCAUUUGAGUUGGCUUCAUUUUUUUGGUUCUGGUGGCAGUUUGGCUAUAAUUCAUGCUUUAUUAGGAACCAUUUACUCGUAUAUGUACGGCUUGUUUUUGGUUUUGCAGGACAGUUCCUCUGCAGCUACAGCACGUUGCCACUGUAUGCACUAGUCACUCAGAUGGGAACAAACUAUAAGGCAGCAUUAAUUCCGCAAAGGAUAAGGGAAACAAUUCAUGGAUGGGGCAAGGCAGCUAGAAGAAAGAGAAGACAUGGAUUUUGGGUUGAUGACUCAACAACCGUACGCACAGACACCAGCACAGUGUUGUCACUUGAGGAAGAUGAUCGUCAGUUGACAGAUAUUCCUGAUGAUGGUGCUACUACAUUAAAUGAAAUUGAGUUGCAGCCACACUCCAUUAGCAUAAAUGUACCUUCCCCGGUUGCUAACGAAACUUCAAGCCGAGUUGGAACACCUCUCCUACGACCCUCUGCCUCCGUUUCUUCAUCAACACCGUAUAAUCUUCACACCGAAGGCAUUGCACCGUAUAAUCUUCAUAUUGAAGGCAUUGCACGAUCUUCUUCUCUGCCGGCCAGAGGAGAGUGAAGCAAAUGUGAACGACGGCCAAAAUGAUUCAACGAUGCACAUUUUGCUUCGUCGUUGUUACAUACAACAAUAUAGGGAGACAAUUUCUGUUUAGCAUAGCAUAUUUAUAGAUCCACAUGACAGAUUAAGUCAGAUAGAAUACUCAGUUUGUAAGUUGUAGAAUGGACAAAGGAAUCAGUUUAUGAAUUAUGUUGUUG